UAUACAUCGGGGACGGGAAGCGCGUAAUCCGCAGUGAAAUAGAGGAAAAUCGAUGGCCGGGACGAGGUGUGUCGGCGACGACGGUCUCGAAAUUUGAACCCUCUCGUUGCCCCGAGUACGGAAACAACGUUGGUCGUGUGAUUUCGCGAGAAGAUCCAGAGAGAUUAUACUUUGAUCUCACACGGCCGAGUCGUCGCUGCCGCUACCGCGUGAAGUUAAUCGCGACCACGCGCGUUCACCAGGUGGAUAUUAUAACAUUCGCCUCGCGAGUGAUUGGCCGUCCUUUAUCAUCAUGAUACGCGAAAACAUCCCUCAGUUUGGCAAUCGCACCAAAAAUGUUUGCGGCACGAAUGUCCAACGGAACCCUCGCGCGACGUAUCGGAUCAGAGUCUGCAAUCCGGAUUAGACGCGAUGAUGCGACAUGCUGGACUGCUGGACAGAUCAGCACUCGAAUAGACCGACGAGUGUGAAUCGCUGUGAAUCUGUUCGAAUCGGAGACGCAAGAAAGAAGAAAAAUGCAGAACGGAUUUAAGAUUGACGAUGAUAUCAUUUAUAAAGAUGUUGUAAUCAUAGGAAAUGGACCCAGUGGAAUAUGCCUAUCGUACAUGCUCGCGGGCAAUUGGCCUUACUAUACCGGCGAACCUCAUCCUGGUGACGAUAUGCUGACGGCGCGACUGCGGUUCUGUAUGACAAAUACCGGCAGCGAGGACCGCGGCAAUACGUAUUCGGAUGAUGCGGUUGCCAACAAUCGGCAUCAAUGCGGCAAGUCUGGCGGCGGCAGAAUACACGGAGGCAGUCUGGCGCGCAGCACACGUUGCAAACUCGAAUGCCUGUCAUCUGGCAUCGAGGGCAGGGGCGGUGGUCGACCGUUGGCCCUUCUCAUGGACCAUCUGCAGCACCCGUGCGUCGAUACCGGCCUCGAUGUGGCCUCGCUCCUCGAUUGGCGGUCCGCCGACGAGUAUCCCGAACACAAAAUCGUGGACCACGUUGUCCUUGGCAAGGGCCAACCCGGCGGCUCCUGGCAGUUUAUGGACCCUAAUGUGCUGACUCUCAGUCUGAGUCGAUGGAUGUCUCUCCCCGACCUGGAUCUGAGGCACUGGGAGAAACUUGUCGAGGCCGAACAGUUACAAGAGUCGGUUUUAAUCGCGGCAAGCGAUGUAUAUACGCGACCAGAAAAAUUAAGCGCUUGCAAGGCGUCCAGCCGGAUUUCCGUAGGCACCGUAGCUGCUUAUUACAAGGACUACGUGCGCAGAAAAGGCUUGAAACAAUAUUUUCGAUGCGGGACUACAGUUACUUCAGUAAGAUCGGAUUCGGACUCGCCCGAGAGUGAGGGAGGAUACAAUUGGAUUGUGGACGGAUACGAGAACAAAAGUGGAAAGCGAUUUCGGUAUCGGUGUAGAAGAGCGGUCCUCGCGACCGGCACGACCGAUUUGUCUAAUCACUUAGGCAUUCCGGGGGAAGACACGCAUCCCGACUGGGUGACGCAUGAUCUCAAUGAUCUUGAAACGCGAUUGGGACGUUUGGUCAAUGAACGUGGUUCAACCGACGAGCAGAUGCAAUCGGUGUUAGUAGUUGGAGCUGGUCUUAGUGCGGCCGACGCGAUUAUGGCCGCACGUUUUCGAGGGAUACCAGUGUUGCAUGCGUUCCGCAAUUCAUCGAGCGAAUGGGGCAAAGAAACCGCCGAGAGAAUAACUACUAGUUACGAUCGACUGCAAUGGCUGCCGAAUUCCAUAUAUCCGGAAUAUCACAAGAUAUACCAGAUGAUGGCUGACGGAGGUACAAAUUAUCCUUUGUACAAAUCACUGCCGGGAUACACGCUCGUCAGUCUCGGCGAGAGUCGCGAGGACGAAAACAUGAAUACAAGAAGGACAGUUACCUUUUCCGCUCCGGACGGUCAACUGCACACGUUCGAAGUAUCUAUUGCGGCUAUACUUAUCGGAUAUAAACCAGAUUUAUCUUACUUGGAAGGUAACGGUGUAGGAUUGGGUAAGCUCGCGGACAAGCUGAUUGAUAGUAAGUCGAAUCCGAUUGAAAUUGAUGAUUUCACAUACGAGGUGACCAAGGCGCCGACAAAGGGAUUUUACGCUCUGGGACCUCUAACCGGUAACAACUUUGUUCGCUUUGUUCUGGGCGGUGCGCUUGGAAUUCUUGCACAUAUCCUGUGCACCACAACAUCUGAGAAAUCUGUCAGCCGUUCAUGCGAACCGAUCGUGUCUUAGCAAAGUUGUUUUAUAUACAAGCGUAUUGAAACAAUUGUGUGAUUUCUACUGCUCAAUUCGUGUGAAUGCUGAAAAACUUAAUUUACACACAGUUCUAAAUAUUUAGAAGAUUAAUUUAGGUAAAUCGGUUUAUACAGAUACUGUUAAAAUUAUUUUUGUAUAAUAUUUUUUUGCAUAUGUUAGUCCUUCAUAAGAAAAUUUAAUCGAUAUUUAAGUGUAUAUAUCAUAACUAUUUAAUUGUUUCAUCGAAAUAUCUCAUAGAUCAAGAUAAAGAACAAAUAGGUCAAUGUUUAUUUGUUGGAUAGCAUACAAUGUAAAAAAAGAUAACAAUUUAGAUGCUAUCUUAUUGUUAAAUCUGUUUUAGAUCCAUUUGCGUUUCUUAACAUUCCAUUUGAUAAGAGAAUUAUUUAUAGAAAACAGGAACAACGAUAUAAUUACAUAAUUCAUCAUCUACAAUUCAUUCUACAAUUGAAAAUUACGCACGAUAGCCUUUGUACAAAUAUGCCACUCCUCUCCUCAUAGAGUAAAUGAAAAUAUAACCUGUAUCAUAACUAGUUUUAUAAAAAAUCGGAUAACAUACAACGAAACCCUUGACAUACAUUCUUUCCGAAUUAUUGAAUAUGUUUAGGAUUAUUCUUUUAAUGAAUAAUUAAAUUAAAUAUCUUUUUAUGCACAUCUACUUAUACAUACAUUAUAUGUAUUUUAUGAAUACUUUUAAUCAUUUUUAUUUUUAUGUGUGGAAUUAUAUGUUCUUACCAGAGUAAUCAAACUGUUGCAUUAACAUAUAAGCGCGUUUCUACAUUUUGCAUUAUUAUUUUUAAAGAAUUUGUGAAUGAGAACAAAUUUCGUAAAGUGAAUCCAGUGAUUAUCGUAUAUUAAUUUUUAUGUAACAUCUUUAAUUUGCUGUAAUAUGCCUUUCUUAUUAAUAAGCUGUGAUUACUCUUUAGUAGAUUUAGGCUAAUGCCCUAUUAUUAAUUUGUAUUAUAUUAUUAAUUGUUAUUAAUAUGUAUUUUAUACAUAUUAAUAUGUAUUUUAUACAUCUCAGUAAUACCACCUCUAUUUAGUACAAAAUAUUACCAUUAUUGUUAUUACUUAAUAUUAUUUUUAUUACUCAAUAUUAUUUCUUAUUUUUUAUUACUUAAUAGUGCUUAUUUAUACUUAAUUUACAUGCUUAUCUUGUUGUUUGCAGUUUAUAUGGUUUUGUUUACGAUAUGCGGUAUAUAUACAUAUAUUACAUUAAGUUUAUUUUAUUUAACGAUAUAUGUUAAAGAAAAAGAAAAACAUUCUACUUUUUGUAUCUUUAUUAUAAUUUUUAUAUAGUGAAUGAUAUUCCAUUAAAAUGCAGAAAAUAUUCUUUUUUCAUAUUACAAAAACGUACAAUGUGUAUAAAUUAGUAUGGUACAUUAUACAUACUGUAAUAAAAAGCCUAAUGUAUUUAACAUAACAAUGUUACAACAAAUUUGUAAUUAGGAGCAAAGCAAAGUGCUGCUAUAGCGUACACAAAAGAUGAAGUGAACAUUGAGAAACCUGUUGAUUUGUAUAGCAUAGUAACAUAUGCGUGAAAUUUUUAGAAGUUUUAUUGAUACAAGAAUUGUGUGUGAUAUACUGAUUAGCUAAACAGUAAGACAGGGGGAUAAAGCAUAUGUAUAAAUAUAACGAAAAUACUUAUAAUACACAUCUGUGAUAGGAGGUGCAAUGUUCAAAAAGUUGCAAUGAAAUAGAAAAAAUUAAAUAGAACAAAACUUGAGCGUAUUAUAUUUAGUUGUAAAUAUACAUAUUUUUACACAUAAGAACUAUCGAUUUAUAUAUAUAUAAGAAAUGUGGUUCUGUUAAAAAAAAAGGAAAAUAAGGAUGAUUGCGCCUGUUCCUUAGAGGA